CCAUGUCGCAUACAUUAAAGAUUUGUAAAAGGAAACAUAUCUCGACUUAAGCAGUGCACACAUAUAUAUUUCUGUAAAACUUUAUUUUUGUAACGAUGCCAAAUUGUAUGUUGCGUAGGUCGAAAAUGUUAGUUAAUAGUUUCAUUUUUAUGCGCGGACUCAGCGAGUUUUCCGCCACAGCUGUUUUUAUUAUUAUCAGUUGUAUGGGCUGCAGUGUGAACGAGCAGGAUGCAAGCGAAUAUCUAAUAUCAAGCUUGACCUACGGAUUGGCCACUGUCGUGGUAAUGCAUAUCUUUGGAUUCAUAUCGGGCGCACAUGCCAAUCCUUGCGUUACAAUCGCGUGCUGUCUUCUGGGCCACAUAGGAUCCACUAUGAUGCUCACCUACGUUGUCUGCCAGUUGGCAGGGGCGGCCUUUGGAUAUUAUGUGUUGUUGCAAAUGCUAUCGCAAGGCAUAAUUGAUUCUUGUAAACUUGGAGUGUGCAUUGUGGAGCCAUUGGAUAGUCUGUCCAAUGUACAAAUCUUGGCAAUUGAGAGCUUCCUCACCUCGGUGCUGAUACUCGCCUGGAGCGCACUGUGGGAUGUACGUAGUGGACGCUUUCUCGACUCGGUCACCCUGCGAAUGGGCUGUCUGGUUAUCGUAUGCAAUUUGGCAGGACGCAAGCUCACUGGCGCCUCCAUGAAUCCAGCCAAAGUGCUCAUUCCACCACUAUUCAAUGGCAAUCCUGAAACCGUAUUGCUUCAGAUGGGCGGGCAGUUGUUAGCUGCCAUCGUUGUGCCUAGUAUUUGGCAUUUCGCCUAUACCCCACAUUACCGACCCCUACAGAUUGAGCAUCCCGAUAUAACGAAUAGGUAUCUGAACCCAUGAGAAUUAUUUUUGAUACUUGACCAAAUAAAUAUUUGUUUAUGUA